UGUGCUUAAAGAAGAACAGCAGGAAGAUCCGGAGCCCCCCCACAUUAAAGAGGAGCAGCUUCAAGGGCUGGAGAAGGCUGACAUGACUGUGUCAUUCACUCCUGUGAAGAGUGAAGAUGUUAAAGUGGAAGCUCAUUCCUCGCAACCUAAUCACAGAAAAACUGAACAGAUGGAGACAGGAGGUGAUGGAGAGGACUGUGGAGGACCAGAACCAGACCGCAACUCGGGUCCAGCCAGUCCUCCAGAUACUGAUAAGAAAACUGGAGACUCUUCUGAGACUGAGGACAGUGGUGAUUGGAAUGAGACCAGAGAACCUCUGUCUGGUGAAGAGUUUGUCAGUGAUUCUAGAUGUAGAACAAGUGAGAAACCUUUGAUCUGUUCUGAAUGUAAGAAAACAUUUGGUUACAUUCAGAAGCUGAGGAAACACAUGAUGACCCACACAUCAGUAAAACCUUUCAGCUGCUCAGAUUGUGGUAAAUGUUUCACUGAUAGUGGAGGGCUGAAGAAACACAUGUGUUGUCAUACAGUGGAGAAACCGUUCAGCUGCUCAGAUUGUGGUAAAGGUUUCACUACAAAUGGAGAUCUAAAGACACACAUGCGACGUCACACAGGAGAGAAACCUUACAACUGCUCACAGUGUGGUAAAGGUUUCACUAAAAGUCAAAAUCUAAAGAGUGACAUGAGAUUUCACACAGGGGAGAAACCUUUCAGCUGCUCAGAUUGUGGUAAAGGUUUCACUACAAAUGGAGAUCUAAAGAAACACAUGAUAAGUCACAGAGUAGAGAAACCUUUCAGCUGCUCACAGUGUGGUAAAUUUUUCACCCAAAGGGGAAAUCUAAAUAUACACAUGAGAUGUCACACAGGGGAGAAACCUUUCAGCUGCUCAGUUUGUGGUAAAUGUUUCACUAAUAGUCAAUAUCUAAAGAGUCACAUGAGAUUGCACACAGGGGAGAAACCUUUCAGCUGCUCACAGUGUGGUAAAUGUUUCACCCAAAGGGGAAAUCUAAAAAUACACAUGAGAUGUCACACAGGGGAGAAACCUUUCAGCUGCUCGGAUUGUGGUAAAUGUUUCGGUAAUAGUGGAGCGCUGAAGAAACACAUGAGAUGUCACACAGGGGAGAAACCUUUCAGCUGCUCAGAUUGUGGUAAAUGUUUCACUGAAAGUCAAAAUCUAAAGAGUCACAUGAGAUUGCACACAGGGGAGAAACCUUUCAGUUGCUCAGAUUGUGGUAAAUGUUUCAUUGAUAGUAGUGUGCUGAAGAAACACAUGUAUUGUCAUUCAGGCGAGAAACCUUUCAGCUGCUCACAGUGUGGUAAAUGUUUCGCCCAAAGGGGAAAUCUAAAUAUACACAUGAGAUUGCACACAGGGGAGAAACCUUUCAGUUGCUCACAGUGUGGUAAAUGUUUCACUCAAAAUGAUCAUCUAAAGAGACACAUGAGAUUGCACACAGGGGAGAAACCUUUCAGCUGCUCAGAGUGUGGUAAACGUUUCACUAGAAGUAGAGAUGUGAAGCGACACAUGAGAUGUCAUACACUGUGUAAAUCUAAAAGUCCACAUGAAAACUCAAAUGAGAAUCCCCUUUAACGUCUUUCCCUAAUUUACAUUACCGUUUCCCACGUGAGUUUUGAAUAUCCGUCGCAAAGCUAUAAUGACACAUAUUUGAAGCUACUUUUCAUGUUCACAAUUACAACCAACUAUCUAAGAAUUCCUCACAGGGAUUUAUUGGGACGACACUCUUUUGUUGGGACGACACUCUUGUUUGGUUUUUCCUAUGCUCCCGAGGGUUUUGUGUCAGGAGCCGCAUUUAAGUUUUUGUAUUUUGAAUGAUUUAUAUAUAUUUCUUUCCUCUUUUGUGGAAUCGCAAGUGUGCACCCUCUGUAGGUGGUGACGGCGCCACCCUUUAAACGACCGAAGGACACGCAUGACGGGAGGAAGGCGGGCGCAAAUACCGUCAUUGACCUCAGGGCUGAGGCUGUGAGCGAGGCUGUCUCCGUUUUGGGCCCGUUCAGCUUGUCAUAGUGAUUUUGUUUUGUGACGACCUUUUUUUGUACAAUAAACCGGCAACAUUGAUGGUCAAACUCCCCUUUUCAUUUGAAUUAUUGGACAGAACUGCGAGUCUUGACAUUGCUUUCCAGCUUUCCUCAUGGUGGUAAAAUCAACAAGAACACAGGAAUAGGAUCUAAGGGUUUAAAGGAAAAAACUCAACUGUUUUUGCCACUACACUAUGCUAAGCUAUUAAUUCAUUGGAAAGGUGUAAUCUAAGGCAGUGAUUCUAAACCAUCGGUCCGCGACCGCCACCUAGAAAUAUUUCUACUCUGGGCAAAGAAUUAUUAUAACCGUCUUUACAGAGACAAGUAACAGAGAUAAGCCACGCCCCUUCCAGGCGCACAUAAAGUGGGACAUGAAUGAAACAAAAUAACUAGUUGGGUGAGUAAACAGUGGCGAAAAUCCUCUUGGCAUUUUAAGUGUGAACGUAGCAUAACGCUCUCCACCAAAGCAUUGAAGCCAUCAAAAUUAAAGCGGAUGCCGUCAUCUAACUGACUUGCAACUCUAAGUCUUACUUAAAAGCCAGCUGUCUUUUUCUGUUCCAUGAAGUGUUAGUGUUGUUUUUGCAGGUUUACAUACAGUGAUCAUCACAAGGACAUUUAUUAUUUGUAUCAGGUUUUUGCUUUUUUUAUUUGAUUUAGUCAUUGAAUACAAAUCCAACCUAUAAUUAUAUCAAUUAGUUAAUAUAAAAUAGUGUUAAUAUUUGAACGGGCGCCUGGGCAUAUUUGUACAUUUGGGCCCUGAGGUCAAAUGGUUAAGAACCCCUUAUCUAAGGCAUGUUUCCCACUGUUAACAUUGUAACAUUACCCAACCUUAUAUUGUCCUGUCCAAUGUUGAAAUACAAGUUUGACUGAUUUUUAUGUUCCAUUUGUGUUACUGCAAGCUGUCAUAUUAUCAAUGUAUUAAUGCAUAAAUUUCCGUGAACCAAAUUCUGUUUUGCAUUUUUAAUAUGCAGAAAAAUACCAGAAGGCCUUUUAAUGUUUUUCAUGCAUUGAGUUCUUACUCUUGUUUAUAUUGUUUUAACGUUUUUUUAGGAAACUUUUUUUAGGCUUUAGUUUUCCUAGUCAAUCCUCAUAUUGAGCUGCGUACAUAUUUAUAUAUCGAACUAAUACAUCUUUGUGUGUUGAGAAACAAAAAGUAGAAAACAUUGCUGAGCAAGCACAGGUGCAAAAAAGAUAU